AUGUCCGAUACACAAGGAAAGGUCAUCACGUGUAAGGCUGCCGUUGCCUGGGAAGCAAAAAAGCCAUUAUCAGUAGAGGAUAUCGAAGUUGCACCACCACAAGCUCACGAAGUUAGGAUAAAGAUUCUGUACACUGCCAUUUGUCAUACUGAUGCAUACACACUCGAUGGUCACGAUCCGGAAGGCAUUUUUCCCGUCGUUUUGGGCCAUGAGGGUGCUGGAGUGGUGGAAAGCGUUGGUGAGGGAGUCGUUGGUUUUCAGCCAGGU